GCCUCUUCCCUCGCAAAACCGCCCUGUGGUCAGGUGGCCGAGGCGCCCCCAGCUCGCCUAGGAAGGGGUUCGGAUCCCACCCCCCACCCCCGCCUCUCUUUACAGCCGCUGCAGAGCCGAGGACCAGCUUGGUGGGAGGCUCUUUCAGGCUCACAAAGGGAAGGAUUAAUCUUGGCGAUUGGGCUGAGGUUUGCAGGCACAACCCGGUCUCCAAGAGAAGGAGAAGUGCCUGGCGUGGACUAUAACUUUCUGACCGUGAAGGAGUUCUUGGACCUUGAGCAGAGUGGGACUCUCCUGGAGGUUGGCACCUAUGAAGGAAACUAUUAUGGGACACCCAAACCUCCUAGCCAGCCAGUCAGUGGGAAAGUGAUCACGACGGAUGCCUUGCAAAGCCUUCAGUCUGGCUCCAAGCAGUCGACCCCCAAGCGAACCAAGUCCUACAAUGAUAUGCAAAAUGCUGGCAUAGUCCAUGCGGAGAACGAGGAAGAGGAUGAUGUUCCUGAAAUGAACAGUAGCUUUACAGCCGAUUCUGGUGACCGAGACGAGCACCCUCUCCAGGAAACAUCACUACCAUCCGCAAAUAGUAGCAUCGCUGCUGCUCCCAUCACGGACCCUUCUCAGAAGUUCCCUCAAUACCUACCUCUUUCUGCAGAGGAUAAUUUAGGUCCUCUACCUGAAAACUGGGAGAUGGCCUAUACCGAAAAUGGAGAAGUCUAUUUUAUAGACCAUAACACAAAAACAACAUCUUGGUUAGACCCUCGGUGCCUGAACAAGCAGCAAAAGCCUCUGGAAGAGUGUGAAGAUGAUGAAGGUGUACACACCGAGGAGCUGGACAGUGAACUAGAACUGCCCGCUGGGUGGGAAAAGAUUGAAGACCCUGUCUAUGGUAUCUACUAUGUAGACCACAUCAACAGGAAGACACAAUAUGAGAACCCAGUUCUAGAAGCCAAAAGGAAGAAGCAGCUUCAGCAGCAGCAGCAGCCACAGCCGCAGCCAGAAGAAUGGACAGAAGAUCAUUCAUCCCUUGUGCCUCCUGUUACUUCAAACCACCCCCCAAGCAAUCCGGAGCCGGCCAGAGAAGCUCCUAUUCAGGGCAAACCCUUUUUUACACGAAACCCUUCUGAGUUGAAAGGCAAGUUCAUUCACACGAAGCUGCGGAAAAGCAGUCGGGGCUUUGGCUUCACAGUCGUUGGAGGGGAUGAGCCUGAUGAGUUUCUCCAGAUCAAGAGCUUGGUCCUGGAUGGUCCUGCCGCGUUGGACGGCAAGAUGGAAACAGGGGAUGUAAUUGUCAGUGUGAAUGACACCUGUGUUUUGGGACACACACAUGCUCAAGUUGUGAAAAUCUUCCAGUCCAUUCCCAUCGGUGCCAGUGUGGACCUUGAACUCUGCCGAGGUUAUCCAUUGCCUUUUGACCCAGAUGACCCCAAUACAAGUUUAGUGACCUCGGUGGCCAUUUUGGAUAAAGAACCAAUUAUUGUGAAUGGGCAGGAGACCUAUGAUUCGCCAUCUAGCCACAGUAGUAAAACAGGCAAAGUCAAUGGCAUGAAGGAUGCCCGGCCAAGCAGCCCUGCUGACGUGGCUUCAAACGGUUCCCAUGGUUAUCCCAAUGACACUGUCUCUUUGGCUUCCUCCAUAGCCACUCAGCCAGAACUCAUAACUGUUCAUAUAGUCAAAGGGCCAAUGGGCUUUGGUUUUACUAUCGCAGACAGUCCUGGUGGCGGCGGCCAAAGAGUAAAACAGAUUGUUGACAGUCCACGGUGCCGAGGGCUGAAGGAAGGGGAUCUUAUAGUGGAAGUUAAUAAGAAGAACGUGCAGGCUCUGACUCACAACCAAGUGGUGGAUAUGCUGAUCGAAUGUCCAAAGGGAAGUGAGGUCACAUUGUUGGUGCAACGAGGAGGGCUGCCAGUUCCCAAGAAGAGCCCAAAGUCGCAACCACUGGAAAGGAAAGACAGCCAGAAUAGUUCUCAGCACAGUGUCUCCAGCCACCGAAGCCUGCACACAGCAUCCCCAAGCCACAGCACUCAGGUGCUCCCUGAGUUUCCACCUGCAGAGGCCCCAGCUCCAGAUCAGACCGACAGCUCUGGGCAGAAGAAACCAGAUCCUUUUAAAAUCUGGGCCCAGUCCAGGAGCAUGUAUGAAAACCGACCUACGUCACCUUCGCCUGCAUCGGGAUUGAGCAAGGGUGAGAGAGAGAGAGAAAUCAGUUCCGCGAAUUUUGGAGAAUGUCAGAUUCCCGAUUACCAGGAACAGGACAUCUUCCUCUGGAGGAAAGAGACUGGAUUUGGAUUUAGGAUUCUGGGUGGAAAUGAACCAGGGGAACCUAUUUAUAUUGGUCACAUCGUACCACUGGGUGCUGCUGAUACGGACGGCCGCCUGAGGUCUGGAGAUGAAUUAAUUUGUGUGGAUGGGACACCGGUAAUUGGAAAAUCACACCAACUUGUGGUCCAGCUUAUGCAACAAGCCGCCAAGCAAGGCCAUGUCAAUCUUACAGUGCGUCGUAAAGUGGUAUUUGCGGUCCCGAAAACAGAGAACGAGGUGCCGUCCCCGGCGUCCUCCCAUCACAGCAGCACGCAGCCGGCCUCGCUGACCGAGGACAAGCGCACGCCGCAGGGCAGCCAGAACUCGCUGAACACGGUGAGCUCGGGCAGCGGCAGCACCAGCGGCAUUGGCAGCGGCGGCGGCGGCGGCAGCGGCGUGGUCAGCGCCGUGGUGCAGCCCUACGACGUGGAGAUCCGGCGUGGGGAGAGUGAAGGCUUCGGCUUCGUCAUCGUGUCCUCGGUGAGCAGGCCCGAAGCAGGCACGACCUUUGGCAAUGCAUGUGUGGCUAUGCCUCACAAAAUAGGUCGGAUUAUUGAGGGGAGCCCUGCUGACCGCUGUGGCAAGCUGAAAGUAGGAGACCGGAUCUUGGCAGUCAAUGGAUGUUCCAUCACCAACAAAUCCCAUUCAGACAUUGUCAACCUAAUCAAGGAAGCGGGAAACACAGUUACCCUCCGCAUCAUUCCUGGGGAUGAGUCCUCGAAUGCCACCUUGCUGACCAACGCAGAGAAGAUUGCCACCAUCACCACCACACACACCCCUUCUCAGCAAGGGGCCCAGGAGACAAGGAAUACCACCAAACCAAAGCAGGAAUCUCAGUUUGAGUUCAAAGCACCCCAGGCCACACAGGAGCAAGACUUUUACACUGUGGAACUGGAAAGAGGAGCCAAGGGAUUUGGCUUUAGUCUUCGAGGAGGCCGAGAGUAUAACAUGGACCUCUAUGUUCUACGCUUAGCAGAGGAUGGUCCUGCAGAAAGGUGUGGAAAGAUGAGGAUUGGUGAUGAAAUUUUAGAGAUCAAUGGCGAGACCACCAAAAACAUGAAGCAUUCUCGGGCUAUAGAACUGAUUAAGAAUGGUGGCCGCAGAGUGCGUCUGUUUCUGAAGCGGGGAGACGGCUCAGUACCAGAAUAUGGUGGGUCAAACUAUGAAAACAUUCCUUCCUUCCCUGGCAUGACUCCAUGAAUUUGUCUCCAGAACGGCAGCAGGAAAGUCUUUUUUGUUCCCCCCGUUCACCAGUGUCUUACCAGCCUCUCGUACCAUGUGAUUAUUUGCCUCGCUUGUCCUGAAAUCUCUACACAUUUCAUCCUUUUGCUUGCUUAUGUGGACUGGGGCAUGGCUAAGACAAGAUCUUUGUAGCCCCCUUUCUGAUAAUCAGAGAGAACAUUUUGUCUAGUCCGACCAAGAGCGAAGGAAUGUUUGUUUGAACUGUGCCAAACUGUUUCUCAGAUCCAAUUGUUAGCACAAAAUGACUAUAUACUCCUUUUAAGAAGCAGGAAAGCAGGUUUCCUGAGUGAUAUGUUGAGGCACAAUUUUUUUUUUUUUUUGGUUACUUGAUGUUUUUAUUUAAGAGGCGUGAAAUUUUGAGAUGAUUUGGGGGCUUUGUUCACCUCCUUUAUGCUCUGUAUACAACAGUUCUCCAUCCCCCCACUGGUCUGUUACCCCAAAUCAGAACGCCUGAGCCCACUACUAUAAAACAAAAACUGUUGAUAUAGUAGCCAUAUGUUUUUAAAUGAU